UCACUUCUGCUUUUGGGGCGGCAUGAGCCCCGGCACGCAGCUCAGCAGAGCCACCAGUGGGGCUGAGCCGGCCCGUGGGGGGCACCCACAGGGCACCCAGCCCACCGGGAAGAGGCAGGAGGUCCCUUUUUUGGGGUGCGACCCCCGCCCCAUCGCAGCCACCCUCACUGUUGGGCUCACGCAGCCUCUGGCCCUCGGUGGUCCUUUUUCCCGGCGUGACGUCCUUCCCGUGCCGGGCUCUCCGAAACCGCAGCCGCCCUUCCGUGCCCGCCUUCCCUUCCCCGCCCGGGCGGGAGGUGCAGGCGGAGGGCGGCCCACGAUGCCCCCUCGGAUUUCGGCAGUCGCCCAGCCCUGGGGCUGCCGUCGUGCCCCGGUGCCGGUGAUGCCCACCGGCGCGGAAGCUCCGGGUCCCGCGGCGUCCCCCGGCAGAGGUCCCAUGGUGCCGGGCUGGGCCGUGCUGGUGGUGCUGGUGCUGAGCACCCUGUGGGUGUGCGGGGCUGUGCCACCGCCAGAGCAGCACCGCGGCGGGUUGUGGCUUUGGGGGGCGGCCGGGCCGGCGCAGGCUGAGCCCCCGCCGCUGUCCCGCAGGAGGAAAGCCGAGAGUGGGCAGCAGCCCAGUGCCACCACCGCCAUUCUGGGGCACGGCCACGCUGCCACCGUCCCCCUCAGCAGCAACAAGACGGAUUCCCCCCAGCCCGACCAGUUGCUGGGGGAGCCUGGCCACGCUGCCGGCCUGCGCCGGGCACGCGCGGCGCCGACCGCAGCCAAUCUGCUGGAUGAGACCGAUUCCCCCGAGCCCGACCUGUUGCUGAGCUCUGCGCCAUCCCUGGCGCCCAGCACCAAGGCCAGCCCACCCCGGGGACUCGUGGUGACAACCACAGCUGAUCUGGAUGAGACCGAUUCCCCCGACCCCGACCUGUUGCUGAGCUCUGCGCCACCCCCAGCACCCAGCACCAACGCCAGCCCACCCCGGGCACUCACAGUACCAACCACAACCAAUCCCCUGGAUGAGACCGAUUCCCCCGAGCCCGACCUGCUGCUGAGCUCCGCACCAUCCCCGGCGCCCAGCACCAACACCAGCCCACCCCGGGCGCUCGUGGUGCCGACCACAGCCGAUCCCUUGGAUGAGACUGAUUCCCCCGAGCCCGACCUGCUGCUGAGCUCUGAGCCACCGCCAGCGCCCGGCACACAGGCAGCACCCCAAAAAAGCGUCACCACCAUCCCCAGCCAGCUCACGUCGCUUAGCGAGGAGGAGACGGUGGCCCACGGCACGGAGGGAAGUUCUUCCACUGGGCCACGCUCGGAGACCCCCCCAUCCUUCAACUCCACCACCGCGGGUUACAAAAAAGUCAAGAAACCCGAUGCUCCCCCCACACCGACUCGUUCGGCCCCUUGGGACACCAAGCCGGUCCCCUGGGACCCCAGCAGGGUGAUGGGCAAGUGCCUGCUGGCCAUCCUGCUGCUGGCCCUGGUGGCCGCCACCUUCAUGGUGUGCACGGGGGUGCUGGGGGCCCUGCUCUGGCGCCGGGCGCGGACGGCACACCGCCGGCUCAGCCGCACCGAGAUGGUCUGCAUCUCCUCCCUGCUGCCCGACGGCGAGCUGGCCGCCAACGGCCCCAAGCCCUGCCCGGCGCCGCGGCAGAAGCUGCUGCCCGACGGCGGCUCCGAGGCCGACGGUGACAACCUGACUCUCAGCAGCUUCUUGCCAGAACACCCUUGAGACAGC